CGCAUCUAUGUUACAAAACAGGCAUUUUCAGCCAUUGCAGUCACGUGUACCGCUGCGAUAUUAUGCAAACAGAGUUCCCGAUGUUUAACUGCUGCACUUAGGUUGACCAUCACAGGGCGGAGAAAUGAAAAGCAAACCCGCGAAGUCCGAUGGCAAUGGAUCGAAGAAAAAAGUGAAUAAAAGAGCUACAGAGGACUCUGGUCCAACUCUGUCUAAAAAGCUCCGCGAGAAAAGGGAUGGAGAAACAUCUAAAUCAGGUCUUCCUCUCAAGUCUGCAGGAGCCCAAGUGAAGAAUGGUCAUGGAAGCAUCCUGCACUAUAUUUACAGGAGCACUCUGGGCCAAAGUCUGCACUCCCAGAUGAGACAGUGUCUUCAGGAACCUUUCAUUCGCUCCCUGUCAUCUUAUCACUUCCAUGGAGCCAGCAGCCCUUUUGACCGUAGAAUCACCUGUCUGGAGUGGCACCCCACUCAUCCCACCAUCUUGGCUGCAGCCUCCAAAGGUGGAGACAUUUAUCUGUGGGACUUUGAGAAACCUGCAAAAAAAAGUUUUACACAAGGGAAUGGAGCAGGAGACUUUAUUGGAGGGAUGAAGUUUUGCCCCACGGACUUCUCCAGACUUUAUGUGGCUUCUGGCGAAGGCACACUGACCAUGCAAAACUUUGAGGGGCAUUCACCCACUCUACUGUCCAGAACCCAAGACUGUGGCCAUGAUCACCACAAUGUCUGCUGUUGGUACUGCUGUGUUGAUGUAUCCGUAAGCCGACAGAUGCUCGUGACUGGAGACAAUAUGGGACAGCUAUUACUUCUGGGGUUGGAUGGCCAAAAGAUUUUUAGUGAUAAGUUGCACAAAGCUAAAGUGACCCAUGCAGAGUUUAACACCCGAUGCGACUGGUUGCUGGCGACGGCCUCUGUUGACCACACAGUGAAGCUUUGGGACCUGAGGAACAUCAAAGACAAGAAAAGUUUCCUCCAUGAAAUGCCUCAUGAGAGGGCCGUCAACUCAGCCUAUUUCAACCCAUUGGACUGCUCUAAGUUGCUCACUACAGAUCAGUAUGACCAGAUCCGUGUCUACUCAUCCUCUGAUUGGUCAAAGCCUCAACAUAUCAUUCAACAUCCACAUAGGCAGUUUCAACACCUCACGCCCAUCAAGGCCACAUGGCAUCCUGCGUAUGACCUGAUUGUGGCUGGACGUUACCCUGAUGAUCGCAUCUGCACUAGCGACCAGAGGACCAUUGACAUCUAUGACUCCAACACUGCAGAGCUCGUUUUUCAGCUGUACGAUUCCACUGCCUCAGGGAUCAAAUCUAUCAACAAAUUCAGUCCAAUGGGUGAUGUAAUUGGAUCCGGCAUGGGUGUAAUGCUGCUGGUCUGGGACCAUGACCAGUCUUUGCUCAACGGUCGGCACAAAGAGCUCGAGGGAACCUCAGCUUCACCGGAUGGUUUAAGGGGACAGCGGAGGAGUCAGCAGCGCCCUAACAGGGACCGGAAGGGUCCGGAUACAAAGCUCAAGAAAAAACUGGCUUCUCUGGAAGAAACUGAGACCAAAACCAAGACUGGAUACAAAGAAAAACAAGCGCAGAUGAGGAAGAAAUUAACUGUCAAACUGCCAGAGUCUUAAAAAUCCUGAUGUAUAAAUAUUGUUUGUGUUUCUAAUUUCAGGGAUUGUUUGUAAGAGUAUCUAAAAAAAGUUUUAGAUACUCAUGUCCGAACCAGUUCAAAACUGGGAUGCUGAUUAUAAUCUAUCAGCUAUUUUUCUACUUUACAACAAUAAAUAAAAUCAUUCAUAUAUGA